GCAUUUCCUCCUAUUGUCAUUCUAUACGGCCUGUGGGCCCGUCUUCCUCGCGGACGCUCGCCCGCCCCUCCUCUCCUCUCCUCUCCUCUCCUUCCCUCCCUCCGUCGCCGAACCUCCGUAAAUCUUGCGGCUUAAGGAAGCCACCGCCUCCCUCCUGCUCGAAAGGAAGCCAAGAACAAGCCAAAGCCGCCUCCUCGCACUAUGAGACCCCCGUCUGCGCGGACUUGACUGAAGGCGCUCCUCCUGGAUGCAUGGGCUGAACGGGGAUGGAAUUAAAGGGCGAGCGGCCGAGGAGGAGAAGGGCGUGAGCCUGGUGGCCGGCGAGGGCGGGGGCGGCGGCGGCGGCGGCACCUCCAGCCAAGCAGCUGCCGUGAAGCUCUGCGUCUCCUUGCAGCUUCCCCAGAACAUCCCCAUGGACCUGCGGAUCGGACAGCGCCUCACCAAACCCGGCCCUGACACCGCCUUCCUGGCUCUGAAACAGACACAGCAGCAGCUGCAGAACCAGCUCUUCUUGGCCAGCCUGCAUCACCAACAGGUGGAGCCCUUCACCCACCCGCACCUGCGGGUGCCGAUGGAGCGGCCGACCCAAGACUCCGUCCCUGGGAAGCAAGAGCAGGAGCUGCUACUGCUCUUAAACAAAGACAAGAGCAAACGCAGUGCUGUGGCCAGUACAGUGGUGAAGCAGAAGUUGGCUGAAGUCAUCAGGAAAAAGAAGAAGGCAGCUCUGGAAAGGACCAAUGCUCCCAUCAUGCCUUAUAGGCCCUUGGAGCCAAUGGAACAUGAAGGUGCCACCACGACCAUCACCACUGCCACCACGACCACCAACGUGCUUCCCAGUUUCUUUCCUCCGAUUUCCAACAGCUCUGGAGAUUCUCCUGAGCACUUUCCCUUAAGAAAAACAGCAUCUGAGCCGAAUCUGAAGUUACGCUAUAAGGCCAAGAAGUCUGGUGAACGGCGCAAAAACCCACUGACCCGUAAGGAGAGCGCACCCCCUUCCUUGAAGAGGCGACCGGCAGAAGCCAUUGAUUCUUCUCCCAGCAGCAGCAGCACCCCAGUGUCAGGUUGCAGCUCACCGAAUGACAGCCUGGUGACAGAGCAUGGAGUCCUUCCACCGGCAUCAGGGCUCACACAAGAGGCACCACUAGCUCAGCGCCUGAGAAUGCAGGAGAGCUCAUUGGCCCAGUUUGCUCUUCAGACCACGGGUUCUCUCCCAGCCCUCACCCUUGGACUUCCAGCCACUUCAGCAGCAUCUGCCAGGGGUGAAGGAGACCCCAGGGCGCUCCCAGGACUCGCGCACAAACUGCCCGUCCUCGCCAGCACGCAUGCGCCCGUAUUCCUGCCGGCCGGCUUGGAGCAACAUGAGCCCAGCAGCCCCCUGUCCCCUCGGCUCCAGCCGGUGAUCAUCCUGGAGCCUUCCUUGGCCCACUCUCCCUUGGUAACAGUUCCAGGUCUGGGAACAGUCCCCUUUCACUUCGGCCCUUCGGUGCUUCCCCCAGAGCGGCUCCCGAUGCCCACCCUCCACAAACCCUUGGGACGAACUCGCUCGGAGCCCCUACCGUCCAGAGCUGUGCAGCAACAGCUGGCCUACCAAGAGUACCACACCCUCUUCCUUGAGCGGCUGAAACACCAGACCCAGUUGGGCAAGCGCAUGUCCAAGUCCAGUGAGAAGCCUCGGUUGCAGCAGAUCCCCUCUUCUGAAGACAUGGAGGCUGAAGCAGGAGGAGAUCCCAGUGACCUGCCCUCAAAUCAGGGGGAGCCUUUGCCAACAGGGACCGCCUGUAAAGAGACAGAAAGAAGCUCCCGGCUGGGUCAGCCUCAGGAGGACCAUGUCCUUCAUCAGCAGGCCCAGUACGCCUGGGAGCAGCAGCAACAGCAGCGUCUCCAGCAGCACCAGCUCCUGCGGAGACAACCUCCAGUGGACCCUCUGCUGAUCCCAGCUGCUCGCGGAGGCCACCGGCCCCUGUCCAGAGCUCAUUCCUCUCCUGCCCCAGCCACAGCGUCCCUACCUAGCCAGGACACAUCUUCCAAGGCCAUCCCGCUCCCAGUGCAGGAGCAGUCUCCCAAACCACACUUCACCACAGGAAUCGUCUAUGACUCUGUCAUGCUGAAACACCAGUGCUCAUGUGGGGACAACAGCAACCAUCCUGAGCAUGCAGGACGCAUCCAGAGCAUCUGGUCCCGUUUGCAAGAGCGUGGUCUGCGCAGCCAGUGUGAGAGUCUCCGGGGGCGCAAGGCCACUUUGGAGGAGCUGCAGUCUGUUCACACGGAGCGGCACGUGCUGCUAUACGGCACCAACCCUCUCAGCCGCCUGAAGCUGGAUAAUGGGAAGCUAGCAGGAAUCCUGUCCCAGCGGAUGUUUGUCAUGCUCCCCUGUGGUGGAGUCGGGGUGGAUAGUGACACCAUCUGGAAUGAGCUGCACUCCAGCAACGCAGCGCGCUGGGCCGCCGGAAGUGUCACUGAACUGGCGUUCAAGGUGGCCAGCAGGCAGCUCAAGAAUGGCUUUGCUGUUGUACGGCCCCCGGGACACCACGCAGACCCCUCAACAGCUAUGGGUUUCUGCUUCUUCAACUCCGUGGCCAUUGCAGCCAGGCAGCUCCAGCAGAAAGGGAAAAUCGGCAAGAUCCUGAUUGUAGACUGGGACGUUCACCAUGGCAAUGGAACACAGCAAGUGUUCUACCGGGAUCCAAAUGUCCUCUAUAUCUCUCUGCAUCGCCAUGACAACGGCAACUUCUUCCCUGGAAGUGGAGCAGCUGAUGAAGUGGGUUCUGGUGCUGGUGAAGGCUUCACUGUCAACAUGGCUUGGACAGGUGGCCUUGACCCCCCAAUGGGAGACCCAGAGUACUUGGCUGCUUUUCGAACGGUUGUGAUGCCGAUUGCCCAUGAGUUCUCGCCAGAUGUGGUGCUGGUCUCAGCAGGCUUUGAUGCAGCCGAUGGCCAUCCUCCCCCACUGGGAGGUUACAAAGUCUCAGCCAAAUGUUUUGGCUAUAUGACCAGGCAGCUGAUGAACGUGGCUGGAGGGGCCUUGGUCCUUGCCCUGGAAGGAGGCCAUGAUCUGACAGCCAUCUGCGAUGCCUCAGAAGCCUGCGUCUCUGCCCUGCUGGGUAACGAGCUGGAGCCCUUUCCAGAAGAGAUCCUCCAGCAGAAGCCCAACAGUAACGCCGUGCGCUCACUGGAGGCUGUGAUCCAGGUGCAAAGCCAGUACUGGAGCUCGGUGCGACGCUUUGCUCCCACAGUGGGCUACUCAUUCAUGGAAGCACAGCAGCACGACACGGAAGAGGUGGAGACGGUGACAGCGCUGGCCUCGCUUUCGGUGAUGGCAGAAAAGAGGCGGCAGGAUGACCCAAUGGAAGAAGAGCCCAUGAACCAGUGAAGGCGUGUUUCGUCUGCCCAACGGAGACACAGCUUCCUCUGUGGCUCGUUCCUCCUGUUACAGUCCAGGCUCCUGCCUACUGCGCUGCCCACAUUACCUGGAGCCACAAAGCUGGAAAACUGACUCAGAGUUCCAAUAGGGACUUAAUAGAUGGGGCAGAUGGCAGAUCCCCCAGGUUUAGUAGCUGCCCCUGGGCACUGCCCACAUGUGGAUUCCCACAGGACAAGCAGUCAUCCCAGACCAACGGUCUUCCAUUCUGGGAACCACAAAAGUUGUCUGGUGGGACACGGGAGACUGGAUAACGGACUGCAAAACUGGAGCGUUUACUCUGACGUUGGGGUGGUGACUUUUCCCCUCCAGAACCAAAGAUGUCCCACAGACAGUUCCUGCUGGGGAAAGGCCAGGAGGCUAUUCUCUUUCUCUAGGCGAGACCCGUUCCCUUCAUCCUGGGCAUCUCUCUUCAUCAAGGGGAUGGGGCUUGUAAGAGGAGAGCUUUCAGAACCACCCUUUGAUGUCCAGCCGCUGGCAGCAUCUUUGAAGACUGACCCUGCCCAGUUCCUGCUUAACCACUGUCCCAAACCUACCCCCUUUUGGGUCUAGAACCUCUUUAAUUUGCACUAUAUACAGAUUGUUACAGAUGCAGGCAUGGUCUGCUUUCCAUCGGACUUUGUGGGGAACAAAUUGCUCCUUCUCCUGCAGCCAGGCCCUUGACCUUCGGCAUCCAGGUGCAAAGUCAAUGCACCGCUCCCUCCCCCCUUGCAGUUGCGUGUGCCCCUGGGAUUUGCUCUGAUCCAUCAAAGUAGGCAGCCUUCUUCCAAAGAGCAGACUUUGGCCGGAGGCGGGGGAGAGAAGGGAGGAGAGAAAGGAAGCAGGGCAGUUUGUUCUCUGUCAUCCCUAUUAAUUUGACUUCCUGUAAAUCUUUCUAUUUGGGGGAAUGUGUUGGUGUUUUUUUUUUUAAUUCCCCUGUUUAUCAACAAGGAAAUAUACAGACAUGGAUCUAAUCCUUACUCUAUCCAUGAAAAUGUGCAGGCUGUGCCCUUGCAUAGAAGGGUGUGGGUCCUAUGCAGAUGUCAUGGCCUCAUGGCUGUUUAUGACAAGGGAGCUAAUCUUGGAGCUACCAGCAUGACAGAUAUUUUAGCAGGAAAAAUAAAAGGCACUUCCUUGUAGUUAAAACAAAAAAAUUGCAGAUCCCAUGCAGUGAACAUGCCUGACGAUGUCACACACUUCUUUUU